GUAAUAUCUUAGGUAACCCUCAUUGUAUGUGCCUCUCUCUCUCUUUCUCUCUCUCUCUCUGAAGUUUCUCUUUGCAUGUAGUGAAUAUGGGAAGAGGGAAAGUGGAGCUGAAGAGAAUAGAGAACCCAACAAACAGACAGGUAACCUUCUCCAAGAGAAGAAAUGGCCUUCUCAAGAAAGCUUUCGAGCUUUCUAUUCUUUGUGAUGCUGAAGUUUGUUUGCUCGUCUUUUCUCCAUCGGGAAAAGCUUACCAGUUUGCAAGUCAUGAUAUGGAUAGGACCAUUGCCAGGUAUCGGAGCGAAGUUGGAUUGUUAGGAUCAAAUGAUCAGCGUUCCAGAUCCUUGGAGUACUGGAGAAACGAGAUUGAAGAGUUAAAGAGAACAAUGGACGCAACGGAAACAAAAAUCAGGCACUUUUGUGGAGAAGAUAUAUCGAAGUUGGGCAUGAGAGAGUUAAAGCAGCUGGAGAGGCAAUUAAGGACUGCGAUUGAGCGUAUCCGCUCGAAGAUGAGCCGCAUAAUUUCGGAGCACAUGAGCUUGGAAAAAAGAAAGCAUAAAGCAUUGCAAGAAGAGAAUGCUCGCCUCCAAAAAAGGGUUAAGAUUCAUGAGCUAAAUGAUCCAAACGUAAGGUACUCAAUUCUGGAGGCAGAUGCUCUUUGCAGGGUUCUUCAUGAUGGAGCUGUGCAAUAAACUGCUAAAUGGACUGCUCCAUUGGUCAUGCUGAUCUUUUAUCCUCAUGAUUUUCAUUAUCAUAAGCUUGUAUUGUUAAAUAAAUAAAUAAAUAAGAAGUAUAGAUAAGUAAAUAAAUAAGUAAUUGAUAUGAGAGCGUCAGGGACAACAUCGCUUCUGUGCAGGAAUUUCAGACGGGGAUGUGGUGAAUUCAACUACUUGAAGGGUAGAUUACAGUUCAGAUAGGGAUAGCAGUUUCUAUUUUGUAUUAGACUUGAGAAUUUCUCAAGAUUGAUUAAUGUGUUCAAUAUAUAUACAUACAUAGUAUGUUAAUAUGUUAAAAAAUAAUUGCUCAUCACCUGUACAAUGAUUAUACGUGCAGAAUGGAUUAAUUAUACAUAA